AAUAAGUAGAAGGUGGUGUGGAAAUCUUUCAGCAGCACAACGAGUCUGUGUUCGCUUUCUGUACCAUUUUUACGGUAUCUUCUGAGUCUACCGUAAAUCUUGGAAUAGCCCGAGCUGAGGACCGCUACUCUCCGGGCAGAGCUGAAGUCGCGCCAGACCUGCUGGAGGAGCAUCGUGAGGACCGCUAGACCGGCAGAGAUGGCGAAGGAGGGAACAGAGACAGCGGAGGAAACCGAGCAGAUGAUCGAGAAGAAUGGAGCUAAAGAGCCGGAGAGCACCGUUAAUGCGCCAGAUUCAAAGGAAAUGCGCGCUGUGCUGCUUUCAGGCUUUGGAGGUCUAAACAAACUCAAAGUGACCAAGAAAGCCAUGCCUGAACCCCAAGAAGGAGAAGUCAAAAUUCGGGUUAAAGCAUGCGGCUUGAAUUUCCUCGAUCUCAUGGUACGUCAAGGAAACAUUGAUAGUCCUCCAAAAACCCCUCUAGUACCUGGAUUUGAAUGUUCUGGAAUAGUGGAAGCUGUGGGAGAAAAUACUAAAGGCUUUGAGAUCGGCGACCGGGUGAUGGCCUUUACAAACUACAACGCUUGGGCCGAGGUGGUGUGCACGCUGCAGGAUUGGGUUUAUAAGAUACCUGAUGAGAUGACUUUCCCAGAGGCUGCUGCUUUCUCUAUGAACUUUGUGGCUGCGUACAUGAUGCUGUUUGAAGUGGCCAAUCUCCGGGAGGGGAUGUCUGUAUUAAUUCACUCAGCAGGGGGAGGAGUGGGUCAAGCUGUUGCUCAGCUGUGCGCCACCGUCCCCAGCGUCACAGUGUUCGGCACGGCCUCGCCCUUCAAACACGAAGCCAUUCGGCACUCCGUCACGCACCUGUUCGACAGAAACCUCGACUACGUAGCAGAAGUUCGAAAGAUCUCCCCUGAAGGAGUGGACAUUGUUCUCGAUUGUCUGUGUGGGGAGAACACAGGGAAAGGUUUGAGUCUCCUGAAGCCCCUCGGGACUUACAUCCUUUACGGUUCUUCAAACAUGGUGACAGGCGAGACGAAAAGUUUCUUCACCUUCGCCAAAUCUUGGUGGCAGGUGGAGAAGGUGAACCCCAUAAAACUGUAUGAAGAAAACAAAGUCAUGGCUGGAUUUUCGCUGCUCAGCCUCCUCUUUAAGCAGGGCGGCUGCAGCCGAGUGAAGGCCGCCGUCAACAGUCUGCUUUCGCUCUACGGUGAAAAGAAGAUCAAACCUUUAGUGGAUUCUCUCUGGGCUCUUGAGGAGGUGAAGGAGGCCAUGCAGAGAAUCCACGACAGAGGAAACAUCGGAAAGCUGAUUCUGGAUGUGGAAAAGUCUCCCACUCCUUUAAUGGCGAGCGACAGCACAGAGACGAGCGAGGCAGGUGAGGAAGAGGAGGAGCACGAAGGAGACAGUGAUAAUAAGGAGCGAAUGCCCUUCAUCCAGUAGACCCCAGUGAUGAGCCCCGGUGGACGGAGAGACUGUGACGGGAUGAGUCUCCCGUGUCCCCCCCACCCCACCCCCACGCUGUAGUGAAGUGUACGAGUGUGUGACUGUAGCGCGUCUGAAAAUAUCCUUCUUGCCGACUGUCCAACUGAAGUGCCAUUCCCAGCACAGUGCUGAAGUGUUCCAGUGUUUCCUGACCAUGUGUGCUCUUCUUCUCUACAUGUCUGUGGAUGUUUUGAACGUGUGUAGUUCUGUUGUAUUAGUGACUGAGGAAAGCAAGCUUCAGUGUCUGCUGUGUCCCUUCAGGUUUCCCACAGCCUGUAGGGCAAAGUGAAAAUAAGAAAAAAAAGGAAGAAUUAGAAAAAAGUGAAGUUGUUUCUUUUUUAAGGCUUUCAGAGGAUUAGCUAUUUCAAUUCAUCUUUAAAGAAAGAAUGGAAGAAAAAAGAGUGAGGGUUAUAAAAAAGUGAAGUUAUUUUUAUGCCUUUCAAAGGUUUAACUAUCUAAAGUCAUAAAAAUUUCUAACUGAAAUUAUGGAAAGAAAGAAACAAUACGUAAGCACAUUGUACUAAGCUAAUUUUAAGGUUCUGGAACGCUUACCAAUUUAGACGUGUAAAUGUUUUUAAGUGAAAUUAUGAGAAAGAAAGAAAGACGUGCGAAAAAUGUCAAAUUAUUCUUAAGGCUUUCAGAAGCUCAACAGUAUAAAAGUGUCAAACGUUUCAAACCAAAAUUAUAGAAAGAAAGAUCAAAUUAUUUUUUUUUUAAACUCUUGCCUUACAGUUUAAAAAUGUAAAUGAUGCUUGAAAUAAUGAGAAAGAAGGAGAGAAAGAAAAUGGGAGAUUGAAUUUUAAAUGAUUGAUGGAAAUGUUCAUGAAUUAAAAGAUUUAAUGAGAAAGAAAGAAAUACUCAAUAUCUCUUCAAAGACAGAUUUCCCAGAGCCUUUGGGCCACCAUGUUGGUCACACGGCAAGGUCAAAGAAAGAAACUCUUCCUUUCUCAGAUUAUAAUUCACAAACAAUUGAUUAGAGAUUCUCAGUGAAAGGAAAAGCUGAACAGCAGCGUGAAGGAAAAGCAGUGGAUGUGAAUUUCUGAGUCCUGUUGGCUUUUGUGAUUCUGCAUGUGUGUGUGUGUGUGUGUGAUUCUGUGUUGUGUUUACACUCUGGUGCCUGUGCUGAGUUAUUGUUUUCAAAAGUAUAUUUUUGCAAGAGUAAUGGUGUGCAGAGAGAACUGUAACUGUACCUCUACCUGUACCUGCACCUGUACCUCUCCAUAUCGUAUAACUGAACCGUGUUCUGUGCCUGUAUCACUUCUACUGUACUCUGAAAGAAGGAAACAACACGCAUCGUACAUACCUGUAAUCACACAUAUCUCCAUCAUAAAUCAUCCAGUUAUAUCACAUUACCAUUAAAGAGACUAGCUAUCUUUCGGGACAUUGAUCAAUAGCAAGAAAAACGAAUUAAUUCGAAACUAAGUGAAAAGAAAGAAAGAAAGUCAGGUCAAGUCAAAUUUAUUUAUAAAGCACAUUUAAAGACAACAGCAGUUGAUCCAAAGUGCUGUACAAAACACUCAAAUUCAUCACAUUAAACAACAUUAUAACACAAAGGAUAAAAAUAGGUUUUAAGAGAAGGUUUAAAAUAGCCGGAAAAGGGAGAACGUUCCAAAGUUUGGGACCGACCACAGAAAAGGCUCGAUCACCCUUUGUCUUAGUACGACAACAGGGGACAGAUAAAAGGCGUUACAUGAUCUCAAAAAGAAAGACAGUAGGGUGGCUGUACUUUAGUGCCAGUUUGCGCUCAAGGAACGUGAAAUUAUUUUUAUACCCUCUAAGCCUUAACUUUUAAAAAAAAUCUAAAUGGGAAGACAGAAGUGAAAGAAGAUGGAAGAUAAAAUGUUUCAUUAUUUCUAAAACUCUCAAAGGACAAAGAAGGAAAGAAAAGGAAGAGCUGAAAGAACGCAAAAAUCGCUUGAAAGAUCGAUCAAGUGAAAGAAAGAGGAAUAAGAGAACAUUUGAAAGCGCAAGAAAGAACGAAAGAAAGAAUGGAGGGAAAUGUGAAAUUAUUUUUAUACUCUUUACGCCUUAACUUUUGAAAAUGUAAACGGCAACGUCUGGAACGAUGAGGGAGACAAAUGAAAGAGGGAAUAGAGGAGAGAAUCUUUCAUUAUUUCUAACCCUCUCAAAAAAAAAAACAGAAAGAAGAAAAGAAAAAAAAAUUUACUUGAAAAAUCACAAGUCGGAGACAUAAAGAAAGUGAAAGAAGGAAAGACAAUAUAAGAAUAAGAAAACAUUUUGUUUACACCUUUUUUUUUUUUUUACAUUUUUGUUUACAAAGAAAGAAAGGGAAGAAGAAAAGAAAGAACAUUAUUUUAAUUAUUAAAGCUUCCAAAUGUUGAGCUCAUAUAAAACGCAUCUCGUACUCAUACAGCUCAGAUAAUAAACAAUUAACCUUUAGAUAAAGGACAGAAACAAACAACUUGAACACUUAUUAAAAGUGACCUUAUUUGAGAAGAAACUAGUCUCUAAUCUUCAUUGCACUUUCCUCGACUGAAACUGAAACUGAUGAUGAUGAACAGUGAAGAGGUCAGUGAUACGCUACACUCACUACUGCACACUCCAGUCUUUCCAGACCUCCAGUAUGUUGUGUAAAAUUACAAACCCAGGAUAUAAAACAGCUUUUCCUGUUUUUUGUUUUGUUUUGUUUUGCCUAUAGUCUCAAGUGUGUGAAAGCUCAUUGACUUGCCUUAAAAAGUACAACUCUUCAUGCUUGGUAAUUGUGUCUCGAGUCAUUCCAGGCAGAAACGGAGUAAUGUUUAGAUGUAGUGUAGCUGCUAGUGCUUUUACUAUGGUGUGCAUAGAAAUUCGUUACGGUUACUGAAAUAAAAAGACCUGCGGAGCA